AUGUCUACUUCCAACAGUACUUCCUCUGUUAUUCUAGUGUUUAAUGGUGAACACUAUCACAUUUGGGUUGUUAAGAUGAGGUUUUACUUAAGGUCUCAAGGUUUGUGGAAUGUUAUGAUGUCUAAAGUUGAUCCACCACCAUUGGGAGCAAAUCUUACAGUUGCUCAGAUGAAAGCAUAUGAGGAGAAAAAACUUAAGAAAGACAAAGCCAUCACCUGCCUGCAUUCAGGACUUGCAGACCACAUCUUCACUAAAAUCAUGGACUUGGAAACACCUAAACAGGUAUGGGACAAUCUCCAAGGUGAAUUUGAGGGCAGUGACAGAGUCAAAAUUGUCAGGCUCCUCACAUUGAAGAGAGAGUUUGAAUUGAUGAAGAUGAAAGACAACGAAUCUAUGAAAGAUUAUUCUAGCCGGUUGAUUCGUUCCCAAUUGGUGUCUCAGCUGAUUCGUGUCCAGCUAGUAUCCCUUUAUUGUGGUUCUUAG